AUGAAUGGUGAUUCCAACUGCAUCAAACAGGAAUUCAACCCGACAGACCUCAACUCAUACUAUUCAAGCUGGACCAGCUCCGACCUGGUUGCCGAUUACGGUGAUGGGAAAAUCUCCUCGGACAUGAACAGCUUUCUACAAACAUAUAAAAGCAUUUUUGGGAUCAACAGUCUUGGAGAUCGGCGGUACUCCAUGUACAGUGGUGCCGUAACUCUCCCGGCAGCUGCUGUCAACCAAACUACUCCGUUUGGUGUCUUUGAAACUGAAAUGGCUGGUAGCGGCGGUUGCUUCGGGUCUAGAUCCUGGAAAAAAUUCACAAUCACCGCUGGAUCGACAACAACGUCCCUUCAGCUGUACGAUCCCCCUACGUCUAAUUGGCAGAUCAUUAAAGACCCCGAUGGAGACUCUCCUCUGGCCGUCGACAUCGGCCCGGGCGGAAAGGCUAACGUGGUUCGUGUUGUUAUCGACGCCGUCUUUGGCUCAGCCGCAAUAGCCCUGACGUUUUUCGGCCUUACAGAACUGGGGUUGGCCGCUCGCGCAGGCGCUCUGGCAUUGUCGGCGGCGACUCCAGCGCUCUAUACCUCGACGGUGCUUGUCCCCGGAAUAAUAAACGCUCUGGUUGUUGGUGGCAUUACCGUUCUCGUCGGGGCUGGCACCUUCAGCGCCGUUGCACUGGUCCCAGGACAAGACCAGGUUGAUGGAGCACCCUCAACAGUCACGCCAAAGGCCAUUGGCUUCUAUGACGUCUAUCAAAGCAUUGGUCUCGAUGAUCGAAGUUGUUGUGUGAUGGGUGACAACAUCAUGGGCGAAUUCGAGUGCCUCGCCGCCAGCACCUCAAUCGUGAUCCAGGCUGAUGGUACAACAUUUGCAAUUCCCAUGCCCCAAAUAUCGAGAGCAUGGUCGUAG